CGGGAUAUUGGAAGCAACGCGACAUGUGCGCGCUGUUAUAAUUAGGUUAAACAUAUGAACGCACACUUGCACACAUAUAUACGUAAAAUAUUUCUCAUACAUGGACUUCGGGUCUAUAUCUAUGACGUCGUUGUGCGAUCUUUGACUUGAAAAUUGCAGUAAGAAGCCGGAUUCCUACAAAAAUUAAACAUUAUUAUUCGUGCAAGCAAAGUGUAAAGACCUUAUAAAGUGUAUUUUCUGUCACAAUAAUUGUCCAAACGAAUCGUCCAUCCUACCUACAUAUACAUAUAUCACAGACAAGUAUAUAAAAUGUCUGAUGUAAAAUACGUUGUGGUGCUACCAACUAAUCCUGAGUACGACAGGGUAACUGAAGUUGCGAUACGAGGAACUUUACUCCAGGAACCUCAGCAGUUUUCCAUCAACUUCGUGAAUAGCCCAAGCUGCACGGACAAUAUAACAUAUCAUUUCAAAGUAAAUAUUCCAUCGCAGAAGAUCAUCCAGAAUUAUAAAAGCGAUGGCGAGUGGAGUGCAUCGGAACAGCAAACUGUUUUAAAUAUAUUCGAUGGUAAAAGCGAUUCAAAUAAGUCAAAAAACCUUGGUAAUAUUAACGGCGGUCUUGAUGCCGCAAAUAACUAUUCGUUCACAGAAGCCGCAUUUUCACUAGAGUUUAAAUUAGACUAUGAAAAUUCUAGUAUACGCGUCCAUCAAAGGCGUGGAAAAGGCGCUAACUAUGUUACAGAAUAUGAGACCUUCUUUUCACUCUCUGAAAUUCAGUCCAUUCAAGUAUGGGGUGAUAUCAAGAAAAUUAACCAGUUCUCUUUGAAUUACGAUUGAGUGAUGCUGGAUUUUUCCCCAAAAUAAGCUUUUAAGGUUAGCCUCACACAGUAUUUUCCUGUUUUGUAUGUUUUGUGUAAGAUGUAGAUUAUUUAGUUGGGUUCGUUAAGUUUCGUUUGGCUUGGUAUGGUUUGGUACGGUUUCGUUUCGUUUUUAUGUAUUCGUUUUGCUCUUCAUUAUUAAAUUGCACGUUUUAUUUUGCUCUCACAAAUAUCAAACACUCACGACUAUUUCGAUUGCAGCUACAUUUCUUGUUAAUGAAAUAAACACGAUGCGCCUGAGCGUAUGCAACGCUUUUGCACACUUCAACCGAAUUACUUAGAAUAUAAUUAGUUAUAAUAAUAUGCGACAAUAACUGUUUCCAGGGCCUUGCGAAUAGUAUUAGAUUAAUUGUAAUUGUAAGAAAUUAUACAUUGAGUGAUUAACAUACAUUAAAGCCAAAGACUUUUAAUUUUAAUCACAGUGCUGAACUAGCUUAUAGUUAGUAUUAUUGCCAUCGCUUACACACUAUUAAAAGUAUUCAGUAAACGGAAAAGCACUUGCAAUUGCAUCCAACCACAGCUAUAUUAUGUUCUAAAACGAAUUCCAUUAAAUGUUAUUUAUUGUUGCCAAAUUA